AUGGACCCCAGGGAGCUCAGAAGAGCACUGCCUACGUUGAUCAAAGCUGAAGUGGAGGCCCCCUGGGGAUUCGCAGUGGACGCCAAUCCGCCUGAGGUGGGGGGCAUGUUCGUCGCCUACGUCGUUGAGAACAGCAAGGCAGAGAAAGCGGGACUCAUGCCUGGAGACCAAAUUGUGGUAGCCAACAACUCCAUAGUGUUGGGGCUGCCAUUUGAGCGGUGCCUGGGCUUGCUCCGGGCACGGCAGCGGCCCACAGCACUGCACCAGGAGCAGCAGCAGCUGUUGCCUCUGCAGCUGGAGGUGGCAGACUGCCUGCAGGGACGCACGAGCCACUGGUUGGCUGGCCUCCUGUGA